AGCGCCGCUCGCUCGCCCGGAACCUCGGGAGCCGGAACGCAGCUUGGCGGCGCGGGGGUCGGGCCGGAGGGCGGCACUGGGUGGACCGUGGGGAAGAUGGCGGCGGCCGUGGCGGGCCCACGUGGGCGCGGGGCCGCGGACGCGGACACAGACACGGACAGUGGUUCUGAGUUAAGCUCAGAACUUCCAGAAGACAGCUACUCUUCAGGAGGUGAAGCCCUGGAUGGUGAUGAUGAAGAUGAAGCAGCAGCCCCUGGCAAUGUGGCUGAAGAGGCAACAAGCUCCAAAGAUGGCCCAAGUUCAGGAUGGGCAGAUGCCAUGGCAAAAGUGCUCAACAAAAAGAUUCCACAGAAUAAGUCCAUCAUCUUGGCCAAGAAUAAAAGCCUGGAGAAGGAAAGAGAGAAAAAAAAACAAGAGAGGCAAGAAAAGAAGAUGAGGCUCGAUAAAAAGCGGGAAUGGGAAAUGAUGUGCCGAGUGAAGCCAGAUGUUGUCAGAGACCGAGAGAAGGAAAGAAAUCUUCAGAGAAUUGCCACAAGAGGCGUUGUACAAUUAUUCAACGCUGUGAGGACGCACCAGAAGAAAAUGGAAGAGGAGGUGAAGAAAGCAGGGGGCUCUGAGAGGAAGCGUGCUAAACUGAUGUCUUCUGUUUCAAAGAGAGAUUUCAUUGAUGUUCUAAGAAACAUGGAGGGAGCUAAAGGAGCCAAGAGUCCUGCUGGAAAGGCCACUAAAAGUAAACAGGGUGAAGUGAAGUCUGAAGAGGGGCCAGAAUGGAAUAUACUGCGUGAUGACUUCAUGAUGGGAGCAUCUAUGAAGGACUGGGACAAGGAGAGCGAUGGAGAGGGCAACAGUGAAGAAGGAGGUGGUCUGAAACAAGAAGAUGAGAGUGACUGAAUGAAACUGAAAACCAUUCAAGAUAAUGUUUUAUCUUCUUAAGUUUGUUUGGAUAAAAGUCAGCAUUCUAUGAAUGUACAACACUUGGAGGAUACCUCUUUAAAAGAAAAAAAAAAAGACUUACACAACCUUGGAGUGUUUUCUCCUCCAUGUCAAACUUUUAUUUAAUAUAGCUCCAUUUGCUAUACUGAAAUCCUGAAAUAUUUUCCAAAACAAGUAUAAUUUUCAACAUAUUUCCAAAACAUUUUGUACAGUCAAAAUAGUGGCACUUGCCCAGUGAAAGAUAGAUUUUGCCAAGGUCAUUAAAAGUUUACACAUUAGUCAUGGCAAUUGAUGUAUUAGUGUGCCUGCAUUUCCAAAUCACUGCUGCACUUUGAAAACUUGUUGCAAUUUGCAAUAGAAAUGGCUUACAAUAAACACAGAAAUGCCGUCACCUUGUAAAGUUAUUGGACUCCUAUAGAGUCUUUACUACUUGGGCCAGAAAAGGUUCUGUAGAUUAUAAAGGAAAGUAACCAUUUAUGUGAUAGUUCUGGUCUUGGAGCAUUAGUUUGAUUGGAGACAACUCUGGAAACAGAAUUGUAAAGACAGAGACUUGACCCUACUGAUAGGGUUUAGUUUAGUUGAUAACCUUACUGAUAGGGUUAUCAGUAUAUAUAUAUACCAUACCAUAUAUAUAUAUAUGUAUAUAUAUAUGGUAUAUAUAUAUACCAUACCAUAUAUAUAUAUAUAUAUAUAUAUGGUUUUUCCAUUGCGAAUCUGGAAUUGUAUAAGCUAAGAGUCUGGUAGGAAAGGACAGUCAUUGCUAUAGGUUUCAUUGGGGACAGAGAGCUUUUCUAGCAAUACCACAGAAAAUGGUGUUCAGUGUUGCUUCAUUUACAGUUGUAGUGUUCUGGCCUUUUUCAGUGAGGAGCCAGAGCUCCAAGAUUGAUCCUGUGGGUUUAGUCAGCUCUAAUGCUAAUUCUUCAGGUGUGCGAAGGGUCAAACCAAAGCCCUUCCUCUUAGUGUGGGCCAUAACAGUAACAAAUUUGGAAGUCAUCUGUCAGGAUAAUACAAUUGCCUUUCUUUAAGGUAUAGCAAUUUCUCCUCAGUAGCUGUUGGUUGCAGAGGUACAGAAGCUAACACACAUAAUAAGAAUAUAUUUUAUGCAAGCGUAUGCAGAAAAAAUUAUCGUGGUGAUAAAGGUGUUCUAAAUGAGAGGCUGGGGUUGAAUUCUGCUGCCUUUGCUCAAAGUUCCAGACUGACUGUCUGUGUCAUUUGUUUAACUUUGCAAUCACAUUUCCCCAUUUGCUACAUGAAGAAAAAGCCUUGGGGCCCAUUAGUUGAUAGUUAAAAUACACGGUACUGUUCUGUCCAUCUCUACAGAUGCCUUACAGACAAACCUUUCUUUGUACCUGCUUAUAGGCAAGAUAUGAUUAGGAGCAACUUGAAAAUUUUCAGAUUUCAGCAUGGAAAUGUGCAGUAGGAUUUAGAUCUUCUUAACAAAGGCAUUGUUUGAACUUUGUGUGUACUACAGGAUAAAAACUAUGGGUACAAAGUGGCAGAGAAACCCAUCCUAACAACUUGCAAUCAUUGUCUUAUCCCUAGCCUAUUCAUCUGGUAGGUAUUGUAGCAUAAUUCUUCCAGGAGAACUCCAAGCAAACAGCAGAAAUGUUUAUGUUUUCAAGCUGUUUUGAGUGUUAAACAUAUUAGAUAUCUGAGGAGACAUUCGUUUGUGGCCUGAUAUUUAUUAUCACAAAUGAAGGCAUACACCCAAAAUACCAAGUGGCAAAACCACAGAAGUUUGACAUAUGGUUAUCCCAGCUUCUGAAGGCUCGACAUCUGUACAGCUGUGCACUGAGAGUCACCAUCUCAUUAGUGCAGUGCAGAAAUGUGCUGCAAUGGGGCUUCAGUCCAUGAAGCAGCAUAACAUUCUAACCUGACACUGCUCUCUCUCUACAGAGUUCAGCUGCUUUCUGUGGAAAAAUUACAUCAGCACCCUUAAAUCUGCAGUUGCUCUCUAGUUUCAUAUCAGCAGUUUCUUUCCGUAAUCAAACUUCUGGAAAAUAAUCUUAAGUUUUCCUUAGGAACUCUGACAUCCUGAGGUGAUUAUUAAAAAUUUCAGAAUGCUUUCCAAAUACUUUUAGAAUACUUGGGUGUUUAUUUGUGCAUUUUUGGAGUAAUGUUUUGAUUAAAGCACUGAAGUGAAUCUUGUGUGUUUAAGAAAAAUGUGGAAUCUCUCAAUAUUGCCAAAAGUAUUUUGAGCUUCCAUUUCAUUUAGAGUGCAUAGCCUAUAUGGGAAGAGCAUUUCUUGCCUUUUAAGAAGUAUAGUAAUCACAUUUUUAUGUAUAUUGAGUAGUUAUUUAAAUUUUAUACUGUACCUUGUCUUUGUCUUGUCCUAUUUUUGUGCCAUAUGUCGAGAAGCUCCAAGAGUUGCUAAAAGUGCUAACUACAUGUUUUGAUUUUAGUCAUCUUUGGCCCAGGCACCUUCCAGUCUCUUCUCUGGGCUGCCCUACCCCCUUUUUCAGUAAUAUUCUUCCUCUUCAGCAGCUACCAAGAAAAACCUUCAGCAGCUUUUCCCAGCAGUCAGAGUGCUCACUCUGUUUUUUCUGCUCCCAUGAAUAUCUCUGCUCAAGCAAAGUUGUGCUGCUGCCCUUCAUUCCAGAGAGCAUGAAUCAUCUCAACUUUGUAUAUUUCUGUACCUAUCUAUAUAAAGCCAAUAAGGAUGGGGUGGUUCCAGUUUUGUUAGGCUUCAAGCCAACUCUAGAGUAUGUAAAGUUUAAUAUUCUAUGGAUUGCACGCAAAGCAGGAGUUUUGUUUAAUAAGAGAAGGCACAGGGUCAGCUCUUCCCCAUGUUUCUUGUCCCCUGGUCUAAUUUCUCUUCACAUUAAUUGUGCUAACUUUUUUUCAGCAAGAAAAGCAUGAGUUGGCCUGUGGGAAAAAAUAACUGUCUUGUCCUUGCUUUUCUUCAGCCUCCUGUUAGGGAAACACUUUGGGAGUAAUAUCCUUGUUGUGCCUGAUGCCACUGUACCACAGCAUCUUCUCUGCUGAAACCUGGAGGGUAGAACUCCCACUUCUGCAGCUGUGAGGCAGGUUCUCCUGGGUUCACAAGCUGAGCAGGACAAAAGAGCUGGAAGCUGCUUCCUAGUGAAGAUAGGGGUUUUUUUUUUUGUCUGAUUUGUUUUAAAGAGAGAAAUUAAUUGUUUGGAGGCCAUAAAAGUUUUUUGACUAUCUGAUGCUUCCAGAAGAAGGUGGUCUGAGAGCUGCAUCUGUUCAGAGCUGGCUCAGUAGCUGUCUCCAGGGAGGAAGGCAGAAGUCAUCUGGCGCAAAACACUCUGCACAACUGAAAAUGACAAGCUUCUCAUUCUUAUGAAAUGAGUCCUGGCACAGUUAAUAUACACACAGAGCAGUCAUCAGUGUUGUUCACUUCCAAUCCCUGCAAAUUGCUCAAUGAUUUCUUCAAGACUUGCUGAGGUAAGGAGUGAGAGGGCCAGGAGAAGGCUUGAGGUAGUGGAGGCUUAGGAUCAUGUUACAGAGAUUGGGUCCUUGUGCUAAGUAAGUUGUUAAACUCAGGAGUCUAAGAUCUUAGAUACUGGAGACCGAAGAAGUUCUUGAUUAACAGAUGGUGGAAGACUGUACAUUUCAUUUACUGCUGUUCUAAAGCAGUAGCUUCCAACCUCUUGCAGCAUGUAAACCUCCAAUGUUUCACCUCUGUAAGUGAUCUAGCAGAUAAGGGCUUUUUCUUAACCAUUCUUCAGACUUUUAGCAAUGGCUGAUCCUUCUUAGACAAAGCAUUUGUUUUCAAAUGCAUCUUUUCAAUUGCUUUUCUGUCUUAAGGGACACGUUUAAAAUGAAACUGCAGUCAAACUGAAUACCUUCAACACAAAAGGUCCUUGUGUUUGUGUAAUACUCCAUCCCUUGAAAUUACUUAUUUUUUCUUAAAUCCGUGUGUUUAACCUGAUACAAAAUUGUUAAAUAAAUUAGGGUACUUUCAUCAAGCUUUUGGAUGUGAACUCAUGAGCUCAAGCAGUUUCCAAGAGGCACUUUGGAGGGUUAUUUUAGGAAUACUCAUAAAAAGCAUUAUUUCUUCACAAUGCCACAGUUGGUUCAAUAGCCCAUUCUCUCAUGCCAGUGCAUGAACUUUUAGAGCAUCAUUUUACAACAUUUUCCUUGUGUUUCUUCACUCUGUUUUCAGUAAAUGUGGUGGUGUUCAUUGUGAACUGCUAACCAGGAUCAGACUUGCAUUGAGGUUUUCAUACCACUAGGAUUUCUUACUUGCAUAGUGUUUGCAGAAGUAGCUGAAUAAAUUAAUGGAAACAGCUCACCUACAAGAUAAGCUGGUUACAUUUCUUAUCAGAAACUUCAUGCCAUAAUUAAAAAAUUGUUAAAUAUAAAACCUGCUGAUGUUAUGCUAAUGGUUCCUUAAGUCAUGUGUUGUAGGCAUGUAUGAUCAUAAGUAGAAGGUAACGGGGUCGUUUGCCACAAUGUUAAAAUCUGAAAUAUUUGAAGAUUCAACUAGCCACUUAGGAGCCCAUUACAAAGUGCAUUAUGAAUGUAAUCUUGGAGAUUGUGACUUAAGGCUCAUAGCUAUUUAAUCACUCUCUUGCUUUGAACUUUGCUUUUCUAUCCUGAUAAAGGAGGACGUUCUAAUCUUGUUCAGAACAGAAAAGUUUAAAAGUGUUGCUUGAUUGAAGCAACAAGAUAGUGACAGGUUUUCCUGAUUAUGUGGAUUUUGCAUUGACUUUCAGGUUGAGUACAGUUUAUCUCAAGAGGAUUUUCUUUGGUUUUUAAGUGAUCCAUAAAUUGCAAGUUUUGUGGGCAGUGAAGCAGCCUUUAACUUAGGGUACCCUGUGUCCAGGGACAAGAGCUGGCCUGUGUCCAUUUCAGAAAGGGUGCCUGAGGUCAGGCAGCUGAAUGAAAACUGUCACUGGAGAGCUGAGCCUCUGAGCUGUUGGUAAUUGAGCCUUUGCCAUACCUGCCCAUGGCACCUUCCCAGUCACACCUCACAGGGCUGCUUGGAGGAGAAGGGCAGUCAAACACACAUUGUCAGUCUGCACCAUGGGCUACUCUGCAUCCUCACUCACAACCCCACCGAGUUUCAAAAGAGGUUCACAUUGCACAGUAGUGCAAUAUUGCUGCAAUGGUGUAGUUUUGUGCAAAAGGUAACAAGAGUGUGGUUUUGUAUAUGGUGGAUUUUUUAGAGGAGUGAAGUAUUUGACAGUACUUGCUGAAAUUUGGUAUAUCUUUAUGAUUAUCCUUAAUUAAGAAAUGACUUCAUGAAAGUCUGAAGUGUCUCUUCAUGAUUAAUAGAAAAAGACUGGAGAUUUUUCAGAACUUCAGACAAGAUCCUCAAUUUAAGGAUGCAUUACUCAGCCAAAACAAUGUAUUAGACCCAAGUAUAAAUAUACUUCCAGUGUGAACAUUGACAAAUUGAGAGGAUGAUAUAUUGAUAUUCUUUCUUGUGGAUUGUGUUAGAAGGGGACUGGUCAGGCCUUGCAAGAUGCUGAACAUCUUUCUGAUGUUGUAGCACUGCAACCAUCAGGUCAGACCAGGAUUACCAGUGCCACUGCUGUUCUCUCCAUCUGCUAUGUUUUGCCUUUUUUUUUUUUUUUUAAUUAACUGCUGGACUGUGAUUUUAAAUUUUUCUGUCAUUUCCUAGAAUGAAAGAAGUGGAACACAGGUGAAGAAGAUAAUCACAGAUUUCCCUUCUUACUUCAACUUUCUAUGUCAACACUGUGCCUCCCAGACACAGGCUGUUGUCUUUGAUUCUCAUUCACUUCAGUUGCUGCUGAAGCACAUUGCUGGACUAUCUGUCUCAUGGUGAAUUAAUUGCUUUUAAUUUCACAGGACUGCAGGGAUGAGCUUGUGGACUCAGGUCCUUUAUGUGAGACACUACUGGGUCUGAUGCACAUUUGCAGCCAGUUUGUAGGCGUUUUUACAUUCUGAUUUAAUUGUUCAUAAGGUGGAUGUUCAAGUGACACUGGAAUUUGUGAGAGGAGGUAUUUCAGCUGUCAGUCAGUAUCCAUGAUGGGGAAGCUUAGAGACUGGUCCUUAGAGCCUAGCAAAAACCAGGGGGAGUAAGCAACUUUAAUUGCAUUGUCAUCUAAAAGAUCAUUGAUUCAGGAGAAGAAAAUAUUGAACAUCUUUGCCACUCCGCAGAGGUGGCCUGUUCAAGAUCCAGCUCUAAAAUAAUCUGGAUAUGGAUCAAAAGUACUAAUACAGAAAUAGAUCUUUCUGUUCUAAUUCUAGAUGGUCUAAGCUCAAACCAUCUGUCUGGAAGUAUGUCGUUUGAUCAGCCAUUCAGGAAUACUGCAUUCAUUCAUUUCAGUAGCUAGGCAUAGAAAUUGGGUUAAAAAUGUGUAAGGCUGAGAGGCAAAGACCACUGCACUAAUCUGAUGAGUGCAGCACAAAAGCUUGGUUUGGUUGUGGGUUUGGUUUUGUUUCAUGAGGUAAUAAGAAACAAUGCAUUGCUUUCUGUAAGCUUUCUAGGAUGUUCUUGAACACGUGUUGCUUAAAAACCAUUAGGGAAAAAACAUUUCUGAAGCUGUGUUAGCUUAUUAGAGCUUUUCAUCUGUGCAGACUGCAUAGGCAGCUUGUGAAGAAGUCAAGAUGCCAGACCCAGAGCUGUUUGAUUUUGUAACUGCAGAAUAUGAUUUAAAUAUGGCAUUACUACUGGCUGGCCCAUUAUUGAAGUUGUUGCCAACUAAUCUUGCUAUACACGUAACAAGAGCGCAGUCUGGGUGCACAUUCUAACUUGAGUUACAUGGUUUUAAUUUGUUGAGUAAACUCCAGUGGAGGCUCUGCUAGGAAUCCAAUAUUUACAGAUAUCAUUUGUGUGUUACUUAAUGAGGUAUAACCCAAAUCAUCACCAUGCACUUCAGAAAUAGAAGGCAACAGCUGUAAUUCUGAGAAGGAGAUGCAGGUCACGAGUUCAAAUCUUGAGAUUAAAGGGAUGACUUUUACCCUACUGUCUUUACUUUGUCAUGCUUGCUAUAAGUAGAUGUCAAGGCCCUCUGGUUUAUGAGCCACUGAGCUUAUAUUUCUCUGUCUUAUUUUAAUUAUUUUUAUUUUUAGUUAGUGAAUCUGAUCAUUUGCCUCUGCUGAUAUUUAAGUCUUACUGACUUAAGUGGAAACAGGAUUUCCUGUGGUGAUUAAAACCACAGGUGCUAGGAUUAAGGAAGGCCUUUUCUUCAGUGGCAUAUAGACUAAAACUGGAAUGCUAGAUAGAAGAUUAGUGUGGCAUCCUCAAGGCUGACAAGCAGUUUUAGGAAAGCACGUGAUGGGAUCAAACUCUGGGAGGUGUGACCAUGGGGAAAUUUCUAUGGCAAAGUUUUUAUGAAGACUUGAAUCUGAACUUAUUCAACGCUGGAAAUCAGCUGUUGGAAGCAGAAGCCUCUUUGGAUGCAGCAGUGAUGUGUGCAGCCUUUAUGGGAAAUGUGUGUUUUCAGGAUACGGGAUUUAGGCUGUUGAUGCUUCCCUAGACUCCUAAUGCCUGGCUGUACUCUGUGGAGACAGGGUGCAACUUUAUUAGAGAGAAGCUAUUUUAGGAGUUGAAAAAUGUGAAGAAUAACAUAGCACUGAAAUACAUACUAAUGGUGAUGUUCUUUUCUGUUCCCUUUUCUUCUUUUUCAUAAGAAUUUUUUUCCCAUUCAAAUUUUAGUCAUUCUGGCUUGAGGUGCUGUCUAAAGUUCCAGUAUUGUUGUUUUGGGGUUUGUUUGGUGGUCUUUGGUAACAGUUUUUUUAGGGUUAAUUGCAUUCUAGAUUUCUUUUAUUAGGCUGCAGUUUUAAACACAGACUGUACACUGCUGUGUGGACAUAACAGCUUUGUGUUCUUACUUGAUAGUGGAAGAUGAUGCCAUUCCAUAAGUUCUCAGAGAUGACACCUGAAUGGCUUUUUGGAUCCUGUUGACUACUCAUGACUGUUUCCACUGAAAUUAUUAAAUCUAUUUGUAGGAAUGAGAACUUCUUUUCUGUAUAUAGAUUUUUAUGUAUGAAUACAUAUAUUUAUAAAUACACAAAAAUGUAUAUGUGUCUAUAAAUAAAUAUUAAAAUAAAAUGUCAUAUUCCUGUUUCA